AUGGCUGCACUACCUGCUGUCAAAAGCGGAGACUAUCUACUUGUCGCCUCGGGACUGGCGCAUGAAGCUCCAUAUCUGGUCGGGUGGCAGGAAUUCAAAGACCAUAUUCGAAAAACUGUGAAAGAGCAGCCCGGCUGGACCCACGUCACGCCAGCACAGGGACAGCGCACAGGAGAGAUGCAAGGAUGGUGCAGACUCAAAGACAAAGAGGAUGCAGAUGCAGUCUACAAUACCUUUGCACGAUCAAGGGGCAUCUUGGUCCACGUCUUUUCCACUAGCCUGCGGGGCGGCCAGUUCGAGAUGAUGCGAUGCAACUGCAUAAACCAAUUCCCAGAUGUCGGAGACCGAGGACAUUCGUCGCGGCGGUCGGGCAUCGAUGUAAACAGCGUCAACCAGACCUUCGGAAGUCGCUGUGCCGUGAGCAAAGCCCAGUACGCUCCCGCCGUCAUCCCAACUUCGUAUUCAUAUGGCCACUAUUAUCAAUCCCCGCAAUACGCGCCGGUCGCUGCCAUGUACCCGGCAUAUCCAACUUACCAAGUCCAACCCACGGCCCCACCGUUGCCAGCCUAUUCUCAGAGCACAUCAGGCCUCCCGGUCAACCUCAGCCGUGGGGCAGCCAUCACAGAAGCCCGAGGAAUCUAUAUUCAGGGCCUUAACUACAGCGCCAGAAGCAGUGAUCUCUGGGCCCUCUUCGCAGAGACUGGACUAAGGCCCAUCGAAGCCAAAGUAAUCAAGGAUUCUCGAGGUGCUUCCAAGGGUGCGGCAACGGCACAGUUUAGCAGUAAAAACGAGGCUCUCGAAGGUAUCCAGCGUCUCCACAGAACACCUCACAUGGGCAAGACGCUGAAUGUGCGCCUCGACGUCGAGUCUACGGUCGUGGGUCGCAUCGAUCCCCUGGUCGUUGACGGCACGAAUAAACUGGCCAGCCUCUCCCUCUAA